AUGAACUCAAUAAAAUUUUGUAUAGAAAAAAAGUUAAAAAUUAAAACUUAUUAUUUGAAAGAUAAACUGCCAUCAGGGUUGUUUUCACAGGUAUUUACGUGCGUUAAAAAAAAAUGUGACACAAAAUUUGUGAUGAAAAUUGAGAAGAACGAUGGCACAACAGCAGCAGCUGAAGAACGUCGAAAUCUUCUGACUGCUUUACAAAAAUGUUUUCACCCUUCAAUUAACCAAAUUGUUGAUUUUUUUGAAACAAAGCACUAUAAUUAUGCUGUCUGUGAAUACAUCGAAAAUGAGUCCCUAUUUGAAAAUUUGAAGAAGGGCGAAUUUGACGUCGGUUUAGCGACACGAAUCGGAGCACAAAUCACCUCAGCUGUUUUCUAUUUGCAUGGUUGCAAUAUUGUGCACGGUGAUAUAUCAGUGCACAACGUAAUUCUUCGAGCAGACAAUUCUCCUGUCUUGAUAGAUUUCGGAUUGUCUCGAAUGUUCAAUAAUAAUUUUUCUUCUCAGGAUUAUCUCCCACGAAAUUAUCUUGAAGAUUAUGUGAACGUUGGAAACAUUAUACACCAAAUGCUCUAUAGACAAAUGUGUUUUGAUUCUUUGGUUGUUUUCAAUGAUAUAAAUGAAAUACAAGAAAAAAUUAAGAGCUGCCCAUUUUUCACGGUGUCAGAUCUCACUGUUUUGAAAUGCAUCGACCCUGUUUAA